AUGGAUGGUAGACCUAAUCUUGGAUUAGAUCAAACUAAUUCCAAAUCAGAUGAAACUAGUUCUACAAUAAAUGCUACUAGUCCUAGAUCAAAUGAAACAUUUGUUGCAUCUGAGUCAAAUUACAGUGUUUUCAAGCCAAUUUUAAACCUUGAUGGACAAGGAUUCUUACCUUCACGCCUUGCAGCUAAUUGGAUUAGUGAUAUCCUCAAAAGUCACUAUAAUGAGCCAUGGCCAUCAUGGAAGAAGAUAUCAAUUAGACAAAGGGACUUGUGGUUUGGAGAGUUACUGAAGAAGUUUUCAAUUUGUCCACCGGAUCAUAGAUGGGCAAGAAGAAAUUUUGAAAUGCGAGGUGCUGUAAUCAUGAAAAGUAGUCUACAAAAGGCUCGGAAAAUCAAUACUAAGCCAAAUUGGAUUUUAGAUAGCACAUGGGAUAUAUUAUGUCAGCAUUGGGAAUCUAAAGAAUUUAAAAUAAAAAGCAUGACUGGAAAGGAAAAUCGGGCCUCUAACUUUGGAAGUUUUGGAGGGUCUCUUCACACAUGUGGCUCUAUUACCACAUCUCAACAUAGAUAUAAUAUGGCAAAGAUGAAUGGAAUGCCUCCAACAAUAAUAGAAUUGUUUCGUCACACACACCAACGACGUAAGGACAACUCUUGGGUGGAUGAAAAAUCAGAGCAAAAAUUUGAAGAAUUAACACAAAGUGCAUCUACACAAGGAAUUACUCCACCAAAUGAAUUAGAUGUUUGGUGUGAUGUAGUUGGAACCAAGAAUGGGAGGAUAUAUGGCCUUGGAAUGGAAUCUACUGUGAUUAGAGGUUGGCCUUAUUAUCAUGGCACAUCUUCAUCAAAUGGAUGGAUUCAAAGUCAAGAGCUUGAAAAACUUAAAAAAGACCUUGAAGGAGUUAAGCAACAAAGAGAUGAACUUCGAAUCAAAAUUGUAAAUAUUGAGAGGUUGUUUGAGGAAAACAAUGCAAUGAUUCGACAAUGGAUGAAUAGUAUUAAUCGUCAAUCCAUGCCACUAAGUUUUGAGUAA